AUGGCUGAUGCUGAUGAUGACAUCUCUGAUCCAGAGUUGCAACCGCAUGCAACCCCUGGAGGUGCCACUGCGGGUCCUCAGGGACCGUUCCCGAAUCCUUUCAGUCCUGUUGUAGGGUCACCGACAGCAGGUGGUGUGGAUAUGAGUCAGAUGGUAGCGAUGAUGCAGCAAAUGAUGAUGACAUCUGAGGCUGCAGCGCAAGCGGCUGCUGCCGCCGUGCAGGCAGUCCGUGGCGGGACUUCAGGCAAUGCAGGUGCAUCUAGUGUGUCAGGCUUCAGUGACGCCAACAAAGUGUUAAGCAGGCCAGCCAACUUCGGUUCCACUGAUCAUGGCUUUGACCUGUCCCAAUGGCAAGAUUGGGCGCAUAGUUUUCGCACUUGGCUUAUCUUUGCCGAUGGCAGAUACGAGGAAGAGUUGGCUCAUGUUGAGGCCCACCUUAGCACCCGGGUCGUCAUCAUCCGAUUCAGCACGCACUGGCACUGGCUGUGCCGGGGCAGGGAUUGCCUUGUUGUUGCUGACAGCCACACUGGAUCUCGCAAUGCGUGGGCCUUGCCCCGGAAAGGAGGCACUGAAUCGAUGCGCUAUGCUACAGCCGAGCUCUGUCGCUAUCUCAAUGUCUUGGGGCACAAUGAAGUCACCUUGAAGAGUGACAAUGAGCCGACAUGUUUGGCGUUGAAGGCGGCAGUGAAGGCGUAUCGCACCAAGCUUGGGUUGAAAACACACAGAGAAGCCCCUGAGCCUGGAGACCACCAAAGCAAUCCUGCUGAACAGGCCAUCGAGUUCUUGCGCCAGUUGACAUGCACCAUCCUUGCUGAGUAUGAAAAGGAGGCAAAGACCGCAAUUGGAUCUCUUGAUCCCAUCCAUGGAUGGGCCUGGCGGCACGCCGGAUGGAUGGCACACAGGUUCGUGAAGAGCCAUGGGAUAACCAGCUUUGAGUUGGUCACAGGUCGUCCGUACAACGGGAAGAUCAUAUCCUUUGGUGAGACCUGCUUUGGUCGCAUCCGUAGCAAAGUCAAGGGUCAUCCUAGAUGGGUUAGAAUGCUGUGGCUGGGCAAGCUGACUGUCGUCGGCGCUGAGACAUCCACGACUGUCACCUCGGUGGGUGGCUCUGCUUCGCAAGCCGCGACAUCCUCCGCGGUGCCGUCGUCCAGCACUGCAGUCCCGGGCUCUGUGCGCCGUGUUGAAGUUGACCUUUGCCAGCUGGAUGCAAGUGAUGGGCAUGUGCGCAUGGUGCGUGAUGGGCGCAACGAUGAGUUUGUGCAGCUUGUUAGCGCUUUGCAUGCCCGAGCCUCCAGGGCCAUGGAGGUCUGUGCCAUCUCAGGAAGUGCUCCUCUGCUGGGAGCCCAUGCGGUUGCAAACUCUCCUCUUGGGUUCUCAGCCAGGACGCCCCAGGCGAAAUUGUCCGUUUUCCAGGGAAAACCCGAGAUUCCGCCCCAGGCGAAAUUGUCCGUUUUCCAGCAAAAACCCGAGAUUCCGCCCUCCCAGGCGAAAUUGUCCGAUUUUCAAGGAAAUCGCGAGAUUCGGCCUCCACCUGUUCAAGCGCCCGCGCAGCAUUCCAUGUGUCCUUCUUCGUGUGUGUGCUACGACAUGACAUAUAGUGAUGAUGAUGCACACUGGUUGUCAUGGGACGAUGAUACCCAGGAGCCUGUUCCACCGGGUGAUGUGCGUGCCCUCCAGUGGCAAGGUGACCAUGUGCUCCACCAGCAGGUGGAAAUCGUGUUGGACUCAGGCGCCUAUGCCAAUGUGGGUCGCAAGGUUGCAUCUUCCAACCACUGGUACCGGGAUGCUCAGGGAAACCCUCUGAAAUCGCAUGGCAUCCGUGAGGCCGUCCUUGCGCUCAGCGGUGCAUCUGUGAAGGAUCGCUGGCUCAUUGCACCUGUGACGAGUCCCCUGUUGUCACUCGGCAAGCUCUACCGUGUCGGGUGGAGUGUUGGCAGAGAUCAAGACGACAAUCUUGUGCUUGAACGCGAUGGCAUCAAGAUUCCUGUGUACCUGAAGCAAAAUUCCUUGUGUGUGCGUGGUGACAUCCGUGUUGUGAUGAGUGACCCCACCUGUGAUGUGCGCGCUUUGCAGCUUCAUGGUCCGUUCCUUGCACUCACCGAGAGGUUCCAGGUGUUGUCUGAAGGUGUGCAUGCCAACCGAUGCAACUCUUCGUGCUUGAUCGACUGUGCUACUGCUCUUGCAGCGCAUGAUGUCAGGUUUCGUACGACGCUCAUAAAUGGGCCACAAGGUUGGAAGUUGCACGAGCUGAAUGCAGAAGUGGCACGUCUUGAUGAUCCUGAGAGUGCUUUGCCUCACCAAGGGAUUGAAAGGUUGCAUGAGAUCAUCACCAUUGCCACUUCCGCCCGUGUGAACAUGCUUGACCUGUUCCCUGAAGGGGACCACAAGCUUCUUUGCGGGGUCCUUCGGACGACCAGUGUAAGCAAAGUCAAAGGAAUGAGCACGCCUCUGCUCAUCGGUGGGCAUGCGAACCGGCGCUUGCUCACGUGGCACAGCUGCGCCGUCGUCGGCUUCUGCAUGAUGCCUUUCCAAAAGCUCAUGCCGGCGAAGGUGGUCCUGCAUGCGUUUGAGACGUACGCCGUCAACCGCAACAUACUCAGCAUUCGGAUUUGCAGCUCUUUGCUCGUCACUCUCUUGAUUUUCGUCAUGUCCAAUGCUUGCACCCUGAUCUUCAAUCGCAUCACGAUCUUCGUUGAGGCCUUCGAGAGGAAGCAUUAUGUCGGCGUGACGCCUGGAGGCUUCUUGGUCGUGAGACGCAUCCCCGAGCGUUUCAGUGAUGAGCUUUGCACUGUGUUGCGAGAGAUGCCAUACUCGCAAGCAGCUUUCCUCGCCGGCCAUGUUGGACAAGCACGUGCGCAGCGUACACCUGCGGGUGAUGACGGGCCAGCUGUCAACGCAGAGGUGGUGCCGCCCGAGGCACCUCCACCAGAGCAGCGGCUCCUGCCUGACGACGCAAUGCUUUCCGAACUUGUUCCUCAAUUGCCUCGUCCAAGCAUUGCAGCGGGAACGCCAGAGCCCCCAACGCCUCACCAGGCGGGGAUUGCCUCAGCUGAUGCAGUCAAUGAAGAUGUCGCAAUGCCAGAACCAAGCCCUGCGGGUGUAGGGGCCAGCCCUAGUGGUUCUAGUUCCAGUGGGUCUAGUGGUUCUAAUCAGGCUGGCCGUAGUCCUCCCGAGACCCCUGCAGAUCAUGUUGCGCCCGGAAGCAGUGAGCCUGCGCCUGUGCGAAAGAAGCUUCGUCUGAUGGCAGUCACGAAAAUUGGAGACCAGGAGUUUUAUCAUGUGGAUGGCGAAUCACCUGAUGAAGACAUCGAGGCGGAUCUUGGUGACGGUGAUCUUGAGAUUGCUGAUGAUGGACAAGAGCAAACCCUUGACAUGCCCCAAUCCUUGAUACUUCCUUUGGACCACGGUGAACCGGAACUUUCCGACGAAGAGUUGGCACGCAUCGAUCAGAUCGCCAUGGAGUACGAGCUGCAGCGGCUCGGGCGCAUGAAAGUCUUGGCCCAAGUCGAUGGUCCGAUCCCGGGACACAGGACCCUGACCACGAAAUUCGUGGUGACAUGGCGUUUGAAAUCGUUCGGGUGGAUUCGACGUGCCCGCCUAGUAGCCCGGGAAUACCACUUCCUGGGCCCAGGCGCAGGCGGGGAGUUUGAGCCGAACCCAGGUGCCACUGGGGGAGGCCUCAUGCAUGUUGAUGACCUUCUUGCAACUGCCCACGGUGAUACGCUUGAACAUGUCGUUGCAAAGCUAAGUGAGCGCUACACCAUCGCUGUACAGUGGAUCAAAGACAUUGGGGACGAAUUGACGUUCCUAAAACGAGUGCAUCGCUUGAUUUCGGACACUGAAUUGGAGAUUCAGACGGCUUGCAACGUGAGUGAUGUGGGUACCAAGUACUUGAACCCAGGUCGCACCGAAUACCUUUUGGGGCUUAUGGGCAUCAAAGAUGCAGACAACGGCUAUGCCCCUCUUGGACAAGCGCAUGCAGCCAUGAUCGAGAAUGCACGUGCAGUCAGAGCAGUGUGUCGUGACUUGAAGCAUUUUGCCAAACGUGGUGAAGCAAGUGCUCAGAUGCUGUCGAUCAUGCUUCUUGCACUUCAGAUGACGCCAUCGUCUGGUCAGCCUGAUCAGGAUGACGACAGUGAUGAGAACACAGGAUUGUUCCAUCAGUGCCUGAUGUUUUGCUUCACAGUUCUUGAGUGCUUCGGGGAAUUUUUGAGCCAGUAUCCGUCCGUCGCAAGCGCUGGGUUGCAAGUGAUGUUGCUCAUCGUUUGCAUGUUUGUUGGAAACUACGCAAACUACGUAGAAGCCGAUGUAAGGUUGAGCAAAGGUCCACGCACGGGUACUGCCGGUCGGUUUCACAAAGUGCUGAAAGCACCAGAGGAAAGUGCUCCAGGAACGCCUGCCCGGCCUUUGCCUCUUGGUUCUGAUGAUAGUGAUGUGCCUGAAGAGCACAGAAAGGCAGCAGCCAGAGGUGCCAGGUCAAAGGCAAAGUCGAGUCCGCGGAACCGUGAUGAGCAAGCUCGAGGAAGUGACGAGCAUGCAGCAUCCGAGAGUUCCGAAGUCAUCGAGGAGGUGCCGCAAGCCCGUUGGCGCCCCAAGGCAGCUGCUAGACCGGCCCGAGUGCCCGAUGUCUGGGUAUCCACGAGACAAGGCUAUGCGUUCCAUCGCAUCGCAUGCACCAAGCUGAAGCAUUCAGAUGGAGUGACGGAAAUCAGCCGCAGAGAAGCAGUGGAGAAGGGUUACACACCGCCUUUGAGUGUUCAAAAUGUUAGCACCAUCAAACGGACAAGAAGUGCCUUCUCUUUGCGCGCUGGACGCCGCGUCUUCAAAACAAGCUGGCUGACGCCGUGA